AAAACAUUUCAGUUUAAAGUUCAGGCCACAGACUCUGGUGUUCCUCCACUCAGCAGCAACGUGACUGUAAAUGUUUUUAUCCUGGAUGAGAAUGACAACAGUCCAACUAUUCUGGCUCCUUAUUCUGAGCUCGGUUCUGUUAACAGUGAGACCAUCCCCUAUUCUGCUGAAGUGGGCUACUUUGUAGCAAAGAUCAGGGCUGUGGACGCAGAUUCUGGAUACAACGCGCUGCUUUCUUAUCACCUGUCUGAGCCCAAAGGAAUCAACCUGUUCAGGAUCGGAACCAGCACCGGGGAGAUCAGGACUAAGAGGAGAAUGAGCGACAACGACCUGAAAACUCACCCCUUGGUGGUGCUGGUUUGUGAUAAUGGAGAACCUUCUCUGUCAGCUACUGUGUCUGUUGAUGUGGUGGUGGCUGAAAGUGCAGCUGACAUCCACACUCCGUUCAGACACGUGCCUAUAAAGGAGGACAGCUUCUCUGAUCUCAACCUGUAUCUGCUGAUCGCCAUUGUGUCGGUGUCGGUGAUCUUUCUGCUGAGUCUCAUCAGUUUAAUAGCUGUCAGAUGCCACAGGACAGACGGCUCUUUCAGCAGGUACAGCGCCCCAAUGAUCACCACCCACCCUGAUGGGAGCUGGUCUUACUCUAAAGCUACUCAGCAGUAUGACGUGUGUUUCAGCUCAGACACACUGAAGAGUGAUGUAGUG